AUGACUGGACGGAGCGAGUCAGGAAAGGAGGAAGUGCAAAAAUUCAGUGGUGACGGAGGUUCAGAAGAAUUGAAGAUUAUUAGAAUGGCAUUCUUAAGUGGUUUUUUCUUGGGCGGUUAUUCGACAGUUGCGCAGGCACGUGAAACAUUUGAGAGAAGCAACGUAGGAAGGAAAUAUUUAAGCCCAAGUGAUGAAUUUAAACGGAAGGCGGACUAUGCCAUUGUGCGGUUUGCCAAGAGUGGUUUCGUCAUGGGCUUCAAGUGCGCCUUGAUUUCUGGCUCGAUUGUGGUCUUGACGACACAUUUGGCAGCAUAUCGACAACGGUUCUCGUCGUGGUACUUCCCAGCGAUUUCAGGUGCGCUCGCGCUCUCGCUGCAUAGAGGUAUGGCAGAGUUUGCCUUUCUCUUGAUUGCAAGACUCAUAUUUGUAGCAUUAGUCGGUGGUAUCUUCAUGUUUCCUCUUGGCAUCAUCGGAUCGUUGAAGGCAGUUGCUUUAGGAAUAACGUCGGGGUUGACAUUAUCUGCUGGAGUGCACAUAUUCGCUCUCGGCAUGAACAAAUCUGUGGAUGAAGCGUACUGGGCAUUUAAAGAAAAGUAUGAUAGUAAAUUACGCACUGAUCAAGAAUGGGAAGACCGAGUGACUGAACUGAUGAGGUCAGAAGGCAUCAAAUGGAGGGGAAAUGCUGCAAUAAAGCUAAGAAAACUGGACGAAGAGAAGCUCGCUGUGCAAGAUACUUGA